UGAGUCGAGUCAAACGAGUUAUGAAUAAUAUGACUCUCUCGCCAUUGUUUUUGCUCUGAGCAAAACAAAAAAAAAUGUCUCAUUCUCUCUCUCUUUCACCAUUUUAGUUAAGAAUAAUCCUAAUAUACAUACCAUAUAUGCAUAUACACAUAUAUACAUACACACCUUCAUCUUCUUACUUCUAGUUUUCAAAAAAAUCCAAAACCUUUCUUCCAUGGCUAUGCCUCUGUUUUUCUUCUUCUUCUUCUUCUUCAUUGGCGUUUCACACCAGCAACCGUUUCUCAACUCGGGUGAGCAAGAAUCGGUCUACCAAGUUCUUGACUCAAUCAACUCGGCCAUUCCAUGGCGAACUCUGUUCUCAGACGACCUCUGUAACUCACCUCCACACGGCGUCGUUUGUGACUACUUUACCGAGUUCAACACCACCACAAACGAUUCUUCUACUUCCGAAACGUUUCAUAUCACUGAGCUUAGUUUCGGGUACGUUUCGGAUUUUACUCCGAACCCACCUUGCUCUGAAAACUCAACACUCAGUCCUCUUCUCUUCACUUCCUUCAAGUAUCUCCGGAAACUCUUCUUCUACAAAUGUUUCAACUCAACUCCCGUUUCGGUACCCAACGUUUCGGCCAUUGCCGUUUCGAACCUCGAAGAGCUUGUGUUCAUCGAAAACCCGGGUUUUAUCGGCUCCUUAAACAGCUUGGUUACUAAUCUUUCGAGCUUGAAGAGAGUUGUUCUGAUUGGUAAUGGAGUUUAUGGAGAAAUCCCAUCUGGGGUUGGUGAUUUGAUUAAUCUUGAAGAAUUAACUCUUUCAAGAAAUCGAUUGAGUGGAAAAAUGCCUAAUGAGUUGGGAAAGUUGAAGAAUCUCAAAGUUCUUGAUUUGAGUCUAAACUCAUUUGAUGGUGAAAUCCCAACUACAUUGUCUAAUCUCUCUGAGCUUAUCAAGCUUGAUUUGAGCUCUAAUGGCUUCAAUGGUAGAAUUCCAGAGAGUUGCAAAGGUUUGGAGAAGUUGGAAUUUUUGGACUUGAGUUUUAACAGUUUUGGUAAUUUUGGGGUUCCUUUGUUUUUAGGUGAAAUGGUUAAACUCAAAGAGGUUUAUUUGAGUGGUAACAAACUUGGUGGGAAGAUUCCAAACAUUUGGGAAAAUCUUGAGGGUGUUCUUCGAAUCGGGUUUUCGGGUAUGGACUUAGAAGGCUCCAUUCCAUCUUCAAUGGCGAUUCAUUUGAAGAAUUUGAGUUAUCUUGGUCUUGAUAACAACAAGCUUGAAGGUAUAGUACCAAUGGAAUUUGGGGUUUUGCCAUUGUUGAAUGAAAUUAAUCUAGAGAACAAUAAUUUGAGUGGUAAUGUUUACUUUCCUGAAAAAUUUGGCCAAAAGCUCAAGUUGGGUGGAAAUCCAAAGCUUAAGUUGUUUAAGAAGAAAACAUUAGAGAGGCCUUAUUCAGUUGCCAUUGUUGGAAUUGGAAGCUCAUCAUCAUCAUCAUCAUCAUCAUCAACUAAGGUGUUUAUUGUUCCUUCAAUGGUGGUUAAUGUGUUUAUAGGUUUAUUAGUUUUGCUUUAUUUUUAGGAGUUAACUCUUCUUAUUUUAGUAUUAUUAUUAUUAGUUCUAACAAGAAAAAAGAAAGAGAACAAGGUUUUAUAUUAUACCUUUUUUGGAUGUUAAAUAUGUAAUUAUUGCCCUUGUUUUUUAGUGGAAAUAUUAUAUACAUAUCAUUUGACAGUUUUGAGAAA